AUGUUACCAAUUCAGAAACCCUGGUUCAACAACAGCUUCCAGAAACUGCUCAGAGCCUGGGACACAGCACUGAGAUCAGGAGACAGGGAAGAGUACAGGAGGGCAAGGGUCAACCUACACAGAGGCAUUGCAUUGGUCAAACAAGAGUACAAGCGAAACAUUGAAGACAACUUCAGUGCCACGUGGCAAGGCGAAAGUGAACGUCAAGUCCAGGAAACCCGCUUCUACAAAUUCAUCUCCUGGAGCAGGUCCCACACGGUGAAGGCGCUCACGUCCAUCAUGAAGCUCCUACUUCUGUUCUUCUGUGUGAAUUUGUCAUCUGGCCUUUUCAAGGGUGGAAGUGGACAAGGACAAGGUGUUGCCAUCACAGUUACAGAUAUUGACAAUAUGCUGAAUGCCAUCCAAUCAACUCCAUACCUGGAAAUUCGAGGUGACAGCUUAACUGGUGAAUGUGUCCGUGGACAACAAGACAAAAGACAACCACAAGAGGCAGGGGACUUCCAGUUGGAUCUAUGGACAGAUGUAACGUGCACCUUUGCUGUGGUGACAACAGGUCCAGAAAAAUAUGCCCAGCUGUAUAGUCCAAACCGAUCUGUUCCUGGAGUCAGCCUGCAGACACUGUAUCUGCCACUGUUUCGUCACAAUUCAGCUAGUUAUACAUUUGUUCCUCAUACAAUGACACCAACUUUCUUUGUAACUGCCACUCUGACAGGUUGUGACAUAUUUGUAGCCAGUAGUGGACACAAUCUAAACUGCCCCCUGGUGGUCAUCCACACCAAUGCCUGUGGAACUAUGACAACUGAUGUCAACCAGCUAGAAGCCCUCGCAGUCCUGUCUACUAAUCUCUGUCAACAGCGACCAUUCCAGAUCAAGUACCGUGUGGCCAGCAGCGAGCACCGCACCAUCAUUGAACAUGGAAAUUACCACUACUCCACUGAGUACUACAACCCAACAACACCGAGCAGCUUCUUUGGGUACACUAAAGGAGGAAGUUCUGCAACAACCAUGCAGCCCUGGGUGUUCUGUCGGAAAAAUGGAUUGUCUACUGGUAUGGCGUGCCACCCUGUCGUUGACUAACAUGACAUAAGUGCUCCUCAGUGCCAGGCCAGACUUAGCUCCACCUUUAAUUCAGUGGUGGUGUUAUGUGUGAAAUAUGUUAUCUAAAAUGUAUUUUCUGGCUGUGGAAAAUGAGUGAUAUUGUGCCUGCAGAUCACUGAUAAAUGUCACUGUGAUGUUUGCUUUUGCUCAGAUAAUCUUUCAGUUAUAGUAAUAGCUGCGUUAUAGUCAUGAUUAGACAACAAAAACUGCGAAUACUUUUAAUCGCACCAAGAAUAUGAGAAUUUACAAUAAAGCUUGAUGAUUUUUGUUUUUCUUGGCAACUGACUGUAAGAAGGUCUCAUCUUCAAUCUGACCCACUGUCCCGACGCAUCCAGUAAUAAAUACCAGUAUAAAGUCA